AUUUGAGCCUUCAGGAGAGAGUAAAGAAAGUCAGACAUUAUAGAGACAGAGGGACAAGGCACUGUUACACUCACAGACUCCCACUCCGAACCCACCGCUGAUUCCCAGGGAGCUUGGCGUCCAGACUUUGGUCAUUGUCACUAAUUCAUUUAUUUUCGUCCUUUAGUUUGGAAGAGAUGGCUUAUUGUGACAACUGAUGCUUGUUUCUGCAGAAGACUUUGCUCCGUGCUCAUUGCUGGUGUUUUUGCUCAACUUUCAGGAGACUUUAAAGUUUAUUGCUGUGUAACUUUUUAAUCUCCCAGCUGCAUCUCCUGCGGGAAUACAUCACAUCUUCUUUGGACAGUCUCGACCUGCUUUCACCAAUGCUGACCGAACCGUGUGGAGCCAUGUCGAUGGGGUCAGAUGUUCGAGAUCUGACCCUCUUAUCUCCAGCACCUACUGUGCCGUCUUUAACAGGAGCCGGUGGUGGCUGCGGGAUGUCCGUUGGUGGCGGCCAGUGGCCCCAGCUGCUGGACCUCCACCCUGGUUCCCCCUACAGCUCCCUGCCCUCCCACCACUCCCUCAUCAAGCAGGAACCAGGUUGGGGGGCCGCUGAUCCAAUAGAUGACCCCCACUGUGGACUCGGGGCCUUCACGGUGCACUUCUCAGGCCAGUUCACAGGCUCGGGUCCCUGUAGAGUCGGGGCCUUCGGAGAGCCAGCUGCAGCUCAACCGAGGAUGUUUCCAAAUGGGACCUACCUGCCCGGCUGUAUGGACAGCCCUCCUGCACCCAGGAACCAGGGUUAUGGAGCAGUGGGUUUAGACAGCAACCCCAGUUAUGGUCACACUCCCUCCCAUCACACCCCCCAGCUCUCCAGCCUGUCCUUCAAACACGAGGACACGCUGUCACCGCCAAACAACAUAGUUGACCAGCAGUACCCAGCUCCUCCUCCCAUGUUUGGUUGCCACAACCCUUCAGAGUCUUGUCCGAGCAGCCAAGCUCUGCUGCUGAGAAACUACAACAGUGAUAACCUGUACCAAAUGGCAUCCCAGCUGGAUUGUGUAACAUGGAACCAAAUGAACAGCCUGGCAUCUUCAAUGAAGAGCAGUGGCCAUCCACCCAGCUAUGACAGCGACCCACCCCCGCCUCCACCCAUGCUCGUCAGUGCCCAGUACCACAUCCACACACACGGUGUCUUCAGAGGACUUCAGGUCAGUGAGCAAGCACAAAAUGAUGUCCGAUGUGUAGCUGGUAUCGCUCCACCAGUGGUAAAGUCAUCAGAGACCAAUGAAAAGCGUCCAUUUGUAUGUGCUUAUCCAGGCUGCAGCAAGAGAUACUUCAAGCUGUCACAUCUGCAGAUGCACGGCCGCAAACACACAGGAGAGAAGCCGUACCAGUGUGAUUUCACAGACUGUGGACGCAGAUUCUCUCGCUCAGACCAGUUGAAAAGGCACCAGCGCAGACACACAGGAGUGAAGCCCUUUCAGUGCGAGACGUGUCAGAGAAAGUUUUCACGGUCAGAUCAUCUUAAGACGCACACUCGGACUCAUACAGGUAAAACAAGUGAGAAGCCCUUUACCUGCCGCUGGUCCAACUGUCAGAAGAAGUUUGCCCGCUCUGACGAGCUGGUGCGCCACCACAGCAUGCACCAGAGGAACCUGACCAAGCUGCAGCCUGCCAUCUGAGCGGUGAGAGGAGGAGGAGGAGUACGGAGAGGAAGGUGACAAUAUGUUGUGCCACCUAAUGGAGAAAGACGCUGGAGCCUGGUCAGCGGUUAUGGUGCCUUGCCAGACUCGAUGAAGUGGUGAGCACAGCUGAUGCCUCCCUCUGCCAGCGGACAUCAAGAGACUCUGAUGAUCCUCGAGAUCUUCAAGAACUAGCACUCGUUCUGGUUAUCUGACAUAAAAAACUCAGACUGAGAGGGUUCCAUACCACAGUAAUCCUGAGCCAAGAUUUUUUAUGUGAGAUGAGGAAAAUGUUCAUACACUAUUUUGGAUAUUUUAGUACACUUGCACUGGCUUCUUUUUUUUUUUUAAUUGUUAAAAUUGUAUCACCUUGAAAAUGUGCUGGAUUGUAAACUGGAUUUAGGAAAUGGACGAUGUGUCUUUUUUGUGUCCAUUACGUUGAGAUGUUUUGCUUUGGGGAAUGUAAAUGUCUUAUAUUCUUCCAGCAUAUAUACUCACUAACUUGCUUUGUAUAUAUGUGGUGUAUUUGCUUACCUUUAUAGACAUUCCUUUUGGAUUUUUUAUGUUUUUUUGUAAGUUUAUAAAAUGUUCAUUCACGUUGUUGUCAAGAGUAA